CGGUGUGAAACUUCUGCGGCCUUAUAAUUUGUGUGUGUGCCGUCGCUAGCUCGUUCGGCCUCCAGAAACUUCAGAAAAUCCCCAAUCCAAACCUCGAAAACCCUAAUUCCCAAUUUCCUCCAAACUCGAACCCUGUAAACCUUUUGAAUCUGGGUCUUGUCUCUGAUUAAUCGGCUCCUUCUCUCGAUCGCAAGGUUUUGUGACUCACAUGGGCUCUCGGAAGGGCGAUAACCCUCACUCCGGCGACGGAGCGGGUCUUGGGAAGAUCUUUGUUGGAGGUUUAGCUAAGGAUACAACCUUAGAUAUUUUUGUCAAGCAUUUCGGAAAGUAUGGGGAGAUUACCGAUUCGGUGAUUAUGAAAGACCGUCAUACGGGUCGGCCGAGAGGUUUUGGAUUCAUCACUUACGCAGACCCUUCCGUGGUUGACGCUGUCAUUCAAGAUGUACAUGCCAUCUGUGGCAAAGAAGUUGAGAUCAAGAGAACCAUCCCUAAAGGUAUGGGGACACCUACUGAGUUCAAAACGAAGAAAAUAUUUGUUGGCGGGAUUCCAUCAACUGUGACUGAAGAUGAGUUUGAGAGCUUCUUCUCGAAGUAUGGAAAAGUGGUGGAGCAUGAAAUAAUAAGAGACCACGUGUCUAAGCGUUCACGGGGAUUUGGUUUUGUUGUAUUUGACAGUGAAAGAGUUGUCGAUGAUUUACUUGCUGGUGGAAAUAUGAUUGACCUGGCCGGUACUAAGGUUGAGGUAAAGAAGGCUGAACCAAAGAAACCCUCAAAUCCACCUCCUGGUCCUGCAUAUGGUAACGAGUCUAGAGGACGUCCAUACCAUGAAGGUUACGGAGGGUACGGAGAUUAUGGUUAUGGUAGUGGUGGUGGUGGGUAUGGUCCUGGUCCUUAUAGGUCAUCAAUGGGAGGGUUUGGUGGUGGUAGGUUUGGUGAUUAUGGUGGAUAUGGUCCCGGUGGUCCAGACUUCGGCCCAGGGGGUUAUGGCGGUUAUGGAGGUGGCAGCGGCGGGUAUGGAGGUGCAGGUGGUUAUGGUGGGUACCGAGGUGAUUCUCCUUUUGGCGGAGGCGGUGGUGGCAGUUACUCUAGUAGGUAUGGACCCUACGGUGGUGGUGGAUAUGGUGGGACUGGUGGUGGUGGUGCGAUGGGUGGGUAUGGACGUGGUGGUGGAGGAGGGUAUGGAGGAUACGGUGGUUCAGGGCCGGCGGGGGGUUACGACUCAGGUCCUGGACCGAGCUACGGCAGCGGUGGUGGUGCCGGAGGGCCGUACGGUGGUGGUGGUAGGAUGGGAGGCGGGUACGGUGGAAGUAGCAGGUACCACCCUUAUGCAAGGUAGAUUAUCGUCUUAAGGUUUCUGUCUAGAAGCAUCUAGAAGAAGAUCGUAUCUCGGCAACUUUUAGUCCUCUCUCAUGUAGAUGGGAACUAAGCUCUUUAGAGAUAUGUUGGAUUCUCCUCCUGUGUUUUGUUUUUUGAGUCGAUGUUGUCUGUUGCUGUAGCUGUAGCUGAGAGAGAUUCAGAAGACAUGUGAUUGUGUUUUUACUAGAUUUUUUUUUGGUUAAUUAUAUACAUUUCUAAUUUCACUCUGAUUAAUUUGAAGCCGUGUUUUUGUCUA